AUGUUAGCGAAAGCAGACGAAGAUGCAGGUUGCACUGAUGAUACACCAGCUGAUGAUAAACCACAGGAUGACAAACCACCAGGUAUCUUAUAAAUUUUUCUUCUUUUUAAUGUAGCUGUACUAAGAAAAAUAAUUCUACGUACAACUUGGCCAAACUAUACUGUAUUUACUACAGACCUAUAAAAAGCUCAAAAUCCGUAGCACAAGUAUAAUUAGCUGUCGUAUAAUUAGUUGUCUAAUUACACUUUGGCCAUGAUUUAUCGCAUGCCAAGUUUAAUUUGUUUAUAUUUAUUAACUAAUCAACUUUGCGCGUCACAGAGGACCCCUGUAAAGACCAGCACGAGAGAUGCAAGGACCACCAGCACGUGUGCGAGAUCGAUGUGAGUUUUUCUUAUUUUGGCAUUAUGAGUUUCACAAAAUAUCGCUAAUUUUAAGCUUUGUAGUAAAAGUGAAAUUUUUUUUGUAAAUUUCAUUUUUUUUAAAUUUCAAUUUUUUUUUCUAAUUUUACGUUUUUAUAAAAAUGUCUAAAAUGGUGGAAGUUUAACUUUUAAUUAUUGUUUUAAAAAUGUAAAAAACAUGAAAAAAACUUAAAACCGCCAAAGUGUGUUGUAAACAAGUUUAAAAUUAAAAAAUAGUAAUUACACAGUACCAUUAAAACACGUUGGAAAAAAGUAUAUCAUAUGCUAAAGAUAUUGUCAAUUAAGAUUGUAACAAUACAUUUGUCACACGUUUUUGAGUAGGCUAUUGGGAUAAAUUGGGAAACGGUAAGACUGUAGUAAAAAGCUUGAGUUAUGGUAUGGUAGGGCAACAACAUAAUAGGUCUAGAACGAAGGUGUAAGCAAUAAAAAAAAUUAACGUUUAUAUAUAUGAAGCAUAAAGUUUUAUUUUCUAGACCUAUCACAUAAUGAUGGUCCGAAAAUGCGCCACGACUUGCAACUUCUGCCAAGAAGCUCAAGCGAUGAAAGCUAAUUGUCACGACACUUUCCCGAGAUGUGGACCUCGGGCUGAUAUUUGCUAUCAUAAGGCAAGUUUUUUUAAAGUAGCUUUUAAUUUAAAAAAAAAUUAAGACAAUGCUAUAUUUAUCUUUGAAUUUUUAAAAAUGUUUUUUUAGACAUACUAUCGUAUGAUGUCGUCUGCCUGCGCUCAAACAUGUGGAUAUUGCUAA